GCACCCCCCUUUCUCUCUCUAGAAAUAUAUUGUGAUCCUUCUCUCUUCUCUCUCUCUCUCUCUCUCUCUCUCUUAUCUCGCUUGGUUUUUCUCUCUCUCUCUCCCUCGACUCGCCGGCGAGGACCUCGCCGGAGGAGUUAGAGAAUACGGUGGGUGGAAUCGGAGCCUUGCGGGCGAGUAAUUCAGGAGAAUUGGGAGAGAGAGUGAGAGGGAGGUGAGUAGCCGUGGGAAUUGUGUGAAAUUCGGGGGGUUGCGUGCAAUGCGAGACUGAGAAGAGAUCGUGAGGGGGAGGAUUCGUAUUUUGCUGUAGCUGCCGCUUGCUUGGACUGUGGCUGACUUUGUCACCCUGCCGAUCGGUUGUUUUGCGCCUUGAUCUCUUGAUCUUUAGCUCUGGACUGUGCUUUUUCUUUUUGUGAACGAGUUUUUGGUUGGUGAGAAGAAGAACGAGGGAUCUGGCGAUCGGUGCCAUUAGAGACCAGUUGGAGAAAAGGUGGACCAUAAAUUGAGGUCUGGGAACCUUAAAGCUUGAAUUUUUAUUCCAAGGGUUGAUGGUUGAAUGAGACGCAGGAUGCCAUCUGAGGUCAUGGAUCAAAGGCCUUUGUCUUUCUUCUCUGAAGAGAUCCGCUUCCCUGCUGAGAGACAGAUUGGAUUUUGGAAGCCCGAGUCUAUGCCUGAUCAUUGUGUAGGAACAGGAGGAAUGCCACUCAUGUCAGGAAGCAAAUCAGUUUGUUCAUCUCCAUAUGAAAAAAUUAGAAAUAUGGGAUCAAAUUCUGUAGAAUGCUCAGAACUUGCAAAGCCUGAUUUCUUAAAAGAUCAAAAGACUAAAUUUGUACUUGAUCAAAAUUUUGUGGGACUUGAGGGCAUCGCAGGCAAGCCCCUGACUUCCUGGAAAGCUACUGAGAAUUCCAGAUUUCAAUCUGGUCUUUAUGCAGUACCUAAAACUGGAAGUCUGGAAGGGAUCAAACUUGAUUUUCAUCGGGAUCGUUAUGAGAAUGGUCUCUUCUCAAGCUCUUUGUCUGAGAUAUUUAACAAAAACCUGAGACUAUCAUCAAAUGAACACUCUCGCCAACAUGCUUUUAUUAUUGACUCCAACAUUGGCGCUGAUGAACCUUUUGAAUCCUUGGAAGAAAUUGAAGCUCAAACUAUUGGAAACCUCCUUCCUGAUGAUGAUGAUUUGCUUUCCGGGGUCAUUGAUGAUCUUGACUAUAUUGGUAGAUCGAACUCUGGUGAUGAUAUUGAAGAUGAUCUUUUCUGUAGUGGUGGAGGAAUGGAACUAGAGGUUGAUGGUAAUUUCAGUUACAAAAAUCGCUCCCAUUUCAUCAACUGUGCCGAUUCUGCUGUUCAACAAGGUGAGCUGAAUAAUUUAUUUGCUGGUGAACAUCCCCAUGGAGAGCAUCCAUCACGAACACUUUUUGUAAGAAACAUCAGUAGCAAUGUUGAGGAUUCUGAGUUGAAGAAUCUCUUUGAGCAAUAUGGGGAUGUACGAGCACUUUAUACAGCCUGCAAGCAUCGUGGUUUUGUUAUGAUAUCAUACUAUGAUAUUAGGUCUGCAAAAAAUGCAAUGAGAGCCCUGCAGAGCAAACCAUUGAGGCGUAGGAAACUUGACAUACACUUCUCUAUUCCAAAGGACAAUCCUUCAGAAAAAGAUAUUAACCAGGGGACAGUUGUGGCUUUUGACCUUGAAUCCUCUGUUUCAGAUGAUGACCUUCGUCAAAUCUUUGGUGUUUAUGGGGAAAUCAAAGAGAUCCGUGAAAUUCCUUACAAGCAGCAUCACAGGUUCAUUGAAUUUUUUGAUGUUAGAGCUGCUGAAGCUGCUCUGCGUGCAUCAAACAGGAGUGACAUUCUGGGAAAAAAUAUUAAGCUUGAGCUCAGCUUCCCUGGAGGUGCAAGCUUGAUGCAACAACAAUCCUAUACAGAUUUGGAGCAGGAAGAGCCAAUUGGAUGGCAGGGCAGCCCUGCCAAUAAUUCACCAUCAAAACUCCAUGUUUCUUCAGGAGCAAUUUCAUUUGGAGCGAUUACCACGGGUGGCCUUGACAAUGCUGCUUUGCAAGUCCUUUGUUCUGCAGUCCAUACACCAGUCACCACAUAUAUGGAUACUGCAUUUAAUGGAAUAUCUUCAAGCGUACCUCAUAACUUAUCCUCCCCGGUCAGGGUUACGUCAGCUGGCAAUCAUGGGAAUCCAUCUGGCCACAUUAACCCUAGCCACUCUCUGGGGCAGAUGAACUUUCCUUUUCCGGGUGUGCCAACUUUUGCUCAUUCACUUCCAGAAUACCAUGAAGGGUUAUCCAAUGGCAUACCAUGCAAUUCUUCAAGCAACAUAUCAGCCAUGCCUGUUGACAUCAACUCAAUAUGUGUCGGGGGAGUUGAUAAGAGGCACAUUCACAGAAUAGCAUCUGGUGGCCCCAACAAUCACUCAUUUGAACAUAACGGAGCUGCAUUUGCAAGACUGGGAAAUGGAAGCCACCCUCUUCAUGGACACCAGUUCUAUAUCAACAAUUCCAAUUCAUACCAGCAUCAUGCAUCUGACUCCAUGAUGUGGCAAAGCUCGCCUUCAUUCAAUGGCAUUCCUGCUCAAUAUCAACAACACAUGCAUGGACUUCCAAGGACACCAACACCCGUGGUGAAUGCAGGUCUACCUGUAAACCAUCAUGUGGGUUCUGCACCUGCCAUAAAUCCCUCAAUUUGGGACAGGAGGCAUAUUUAUACUGGGGAAUCUGUGGAGCCAUCUGCAUUUCAUCCAGGUUCUCUCGGAAGUAUGGGGUUUUCUGGUGGCUCCCUCUUGCACCCUUUGGAGCUUGCUUCCCAUAAUAUCUUUGCUCAUUCUAAUGGGAACCAUAUAGACACUUCUAUUGGUUCUGCACAUGGUGGGAUUCCUUCACCUCAGCAAAGGUGCCCCACUUUCCAUGGUAGAAAUUCUAUGAUACCUUCUUCAUUUGAUGCACCUAAUGAUCGGGUUAGAAGCCGGAGAGCUGAUGCCAAUGCCAACCAGGCUGAUAAUAAAAAGCAGUAUGAACUUGAUAUUGAUCGCAUUGUGCGUGGCGAAGACUCUCGAACAACACUGAUGAUUAAAAAUAUUCCUAAUAAGUACACCUCUAAGAUGCUUUUGGCCACUAUUGAUGAAAAUCACCGAGGAACUUAUGAUUUCAUCUAUUUGCCUAUUGAUUUUAAGAACAAAUGCAAUGUGGGCUAUGCUUUUAUCAACAUGAUAGAUCCCCAACGCAUCAUUCCAUUUUAUCAGGCAUUCAAUGGUAAAAAAUGGGAGAAGUUCAACAGUGAGAAGGUGGCAUCACUGGCAUAUGCUCGUAUCCAAGGUAAAGCAGCUCUGAUUGCACAUUUUCAGAACUCAAGCUUAAUGAAUGAAGAUAAAAGGUGCCGUCCCAUUCUUUUCCAUUCAGAUGGCCCCAAUGCCGGGGAUCAGGAGCCAUUCCCUGUAGGGACCAAUGUGAGGUCCAGACCUGGUAGAUCCAGGACUUGCAACAAUGAAGAAAACCUUCAGGGGAGUCCAUCAUCCUCUGCAAAUGGAGAAGAAACUCCAAAUGGGAAGGACUCCGAGUGACAUAAACCAACCAACUUAUACUAACCAAAAGCAGGCAGACUGUAACUUUGUCUCACCUCCAGUUUUUUGUGUUUUUUUGGGUUCACAAUCACCUCCCGCUUUGUUUGCAUCAUUUUGUAGUGAUGAUAUAAUCAUGUGUGACGGAAAGCUCGAGCCAGCUUCCAAAAUUUUCUUUCUGUUAUGAAAGUCGAGACGGUGAACUGCACGGGAAGAGCUUUCGGCUGUUGGAUGGCCAUCUUGAGAAAAUAAACAAUGUACAGGAGAUCCUGAAAGUUAGAGCUAGUAACUGUUAUUGCGCUUAUCUGAGUUUUGAGAAGGCCUUCUCUGCAUUCCCUCUCAUUUUUUCCCUUGUUGCUACCAGUUUGUCUAUUUCCAGUUUUUUGUACACCUCAUACAAUGUUUGCUGUUGUUUUCUGAGUUGUGCUGAGAGAUUUUGUUGACAAAGUCAUAAAGAGAGAGAGAGAGAGAAGAGAUUACUGCACAGUGUUUCCUCAGUCUUAACUCUUGUUUAUUUCUUUAUUUUAUCAUCAAACCAUGAAGUUCUUGCAGCUCUGUACUA